AUGGCAUCCGGAGCUCUGUUCCCCAGCAUGGUGUCCGGCUCCCGAGGCUCCUCCAGCAAGUACCUGGUGGAGUUCCGGGCCGGGAAGAUGACCAUGAAGGGCAGCACGGUGACCCCGGACAAACGCAAGGGCCAGGUCUACAUCCAGCAGACCGACGACUCCCUCAUCCACUUCUGCUGGAAGGACCGCACCACGGGGAACGUGGACGAUGUGGGUGGUGAGGCGCGGCCGCCGGCCCCACCCGCCCGCUGCCUUUUCUUUUUUAAACAUUGCUUUUCAUGUCCCCCAUCUAAGGACCUGAUCAUUUUCCCUGACGACUGCGAGUUCAAACGGGUCAGCCAGUGCACCACAGGCCGCGUUUACGUGCUGAAGUUUAAAGCCGGCUCCAAAAGACUCUUCUUCUGGAUGCAGGAGCCCAAGUGCGAUAAGGAUGACGAGCACUGCCGCAAAGUGAACGAGUUCCUGAACAACCCGCCCAUGCCCGGGGCUCUGGGCAGCGGCGGCAGUGGGGGGCACGACCUGUCUGCCCUGGGAGGGGAGGGCGGCCUGCAGAGCCUUCUGGGUAACAUGAGCCACAACCAGCUCAUGCAGCUGAUUGGACCGACGGGACUGGGGGGGAUCGGAGGUCUCGGGGCGCUGGCCGGUCCGGGCUUGACCAACCUUCUGGGGGGGGGCAGCAGCAGCAGCAGCAGCAGCGUGCCUGCAGCCAGCAACGCCACCACCAGCCCGUCCACCGCUGUAACGCCCACCUCCACCUCUGCGGCCAGCCGGCUGGGCUCCUCCCAGGUGCCCACCACCCCCAUCACCCCCUCGGCCACCUCGGCGGCCCCCCCCCCCCCCAGCACCCCCUCCACCCCGGCCGUGUCCUCCCUGGCCGCGGCGGCGGCCGCCAACUCCACGCAGCCCAUCCAGCUGCGAGACCUGCAGAGCAUCCUGGCCACCAUGAACGUACCGGCGGGCAGCCAGGGAGCGAGCUCUGUCCCCCCCGCAGUGGACCUCGCCAGCGUCCUGACCCCCGAGAUCAUGGCCCCCAUCCUGGCCAACCCCGAGGUGCAGCAGAGGCUGACCCCCUACCUGCCCUCCGGAGAGUCCCUGCCCCAGAGCUCAGACGAGCUCCAGAACACACUCAGCUCGCCCCAGUUUCAGCAGGCCAUGAGCAUGUUCAGCAGCGCUCUGGCGUCCGGGCAGCUGGGACCUCUGAUGAACCAGUUCGGCCUCCCUGCAGAGGCUGUUGAUGCAGCCAACAAGGGAGAUGUGGAAGCUUUUGCCAAAGCCAUGGAAACGGAAACGAAGUCGGACCAGGACAGUGACUCCAAAGACAAAAAAGACGACGAUGAGGACAUGAGUUUGGACUGA